AUGUCCACGGUGCGCCCGGGGCGCACGCGCGGGCGCAUCAGCGCGCCGCUGCCGCUGUCUCUCUCGCGCGCGGUGCACGUCGUGCGCCCGCAGCUGGCGGCUGCUACCGCUGCCAUGCGCAGAAUCUGGAUGGAUGCCGUCACACGGCUCGCCACCGCCGCGCGCAGGCCGGCCCUCGCCGCCGCUGGGCGUGCGGACGUCAGGACGGACGGCAUCAGCGGCGGAUCGACGUCCGCCGCAGCGGACGAGGGCACGGAGAUACUCACAGCUCUGGCACGAAUUCAUCGUCACCAGCAGCGGACGAGGGCGCCGCAAAGCUCGAGCCCGCCCUCGAUCGCCGUCCAGGACGCUCGCCUGCCCCGGAGCCUCGCCCCGCCGCUUCUCUGCGCGUCCGCCCACGCCCCCGCUCCAGCUUCUCGCUCCGCCGCCCCGGCGCACGCCGCAGCCCGUGCUCGCCGCCUCCGCGCGCCUCGCUCCGCCUCUGUCCUCUCUGCCACCACCACCACCACCGCUCCCUCUCUCCUUCCUCUCUCGUCCACCCUCGAGCUCUCCCCCGCGCCCGCGCCCACCCGCACCCGCACCCGCACCCACACUGUCCACCGUGGCGGCCGUACUUUCCCCCACAGCAGCCCUCGCUCUCGUCCCCUCCCCCGCCGUCGCCGUUCUCGCCCCCUCGAUGAGCCGCUACCACGCAGGCGCGCCGUUCCCGCCCCUGCAGCUGGCGCCGAGGAGCCGCCCAGGGCCGAGCGCGAGCGGGACGGGUCCCCCGCGGACUCGGAGGCGUCCUCGGGCGCCGCGUUCAACGCCCUCCCCGAGCCUGGCGCGGACGAGGGCGCGCAGCCCGGACCUGACGACCCGUACCACGCGCUCACGUCCCAGACGCUAAACGCGGACGGGACGCCGAAGCGACCGAUGAACGCGUUCAUGAUCUUCGCCCGCAAGCGCCGCCCCCAGAUCUCGGCCGCGAACCAGAUGAUGCGCACCGGCGACGUGAGCAAGAUCCUCUCCAAGGAGUGGAACGCGAUGGACAUGUCGGACAAAAAGUUCUACCUGGACCAGGCCAAGAAGCUCAAGGACAACUUCAACUCAAAGUACCCCGACUACGUCUACCGCCGCCGCCCGAACAACUCCCGCAAGAAGCGCAAGCCCGAGCCGAGCCACGACGACGGCCCCGACGGCGGCACCGCGCUCGACCCGGACGACCCCGGGUACGACGAGACGUCCCCGGUCGACGGCGACGACGCCCUCAUGCUGCCCUCCCCGCAAGACGCGCAGUACACCCGCCCGCCCGCGCACGCGUCCCUCGCCGGCUUCGGGCAGGACUCCCACGCCGGAAGCGGCGGCGGCGGCAGCGGGUGCUCGUACCCGUACCAGUCCGACUUCCACCCCCCUCGCGGGGGCAUGGGCGACCUCAGCAGCCUGAGCGCGUACGCGUCCUCGGCAGGCCCGCACUCGCUCUACCCGCACCACCAAAACCACCACCAGGCGCCGCAGCAGACGUCGUCGUCGUCGUCGCUGUACGGCCUCUGGGACCAGCGCCCGCGCAGCGGCAGCGGCGCCGUCGACCCCGCCGCGCGCGCGAACUGGCCCGUCCUGCCCGCGCUCGACAUGUCCUCCGUCGCCGGGCGACAGCCCUCGCGUCGGUCCGCUCCGGACCCGUACUCGCCGCAGGUGCCCGCGCGGCCGUGGUCGAGCGCGACGUCGACGAGCUCCUCCUCGUCCUCCGCCGGCUACGGCGGCGCGCACACGCCGAACCCGAACCCGCCGAACGCGUUCCCGACCCUCACCUCCGCCUUCUUCCCGCACGAGUCCCCGGGGACGAAGGCGAUGGACCUCGCCGCCGCCGCCGCCGCCGCCGCCGCCUCGUCCCCCGCCUCGGACUUCUACUCCCCCGGAGGCCUCACCGGCGCCGGCCGCCGGCCGUCCGCCGAGCACCAGAGCCAGAGCCCGUUCUCGCCCGCGGGCCCGUGGUCGCAGUACGGCGCGGCGCGGACGGCGGCGGGCCAGGGCGCGCGCGCCGGCCUCGUCUCGCCCUUUGCGCACUCGCCGAUGCAGCAGGGGUCCCCCGGCGCCGGGGACGGCGCGCCGCGGAGUGCCGCCGCGGCCGCCGCGAACCUCGCGAGCUACUGGGACGACCGGUUCGGGGGGCGCUGA